ACGGUUCGGUUCGGUGACGCAAAGUUUUGCGGUCUCGCAUGGUGUCUUACUGUCGGUCGCUGAAAGGAUACUUCAUACCCAGGUGUGACUGUCGAUGUUCAGUUGGGCUCUUAGCGCAAUAGAAGUAGAUGGUGAGAUGUGAUUCGAUAGAAUAGAACAAGGCGACAGCGUGCAAAGUGAUUUUUAUACGCCAACAAGUGAGAAGCGCCGGAAAAUUCGUAGAAGUUAGAUAUUUGGAAGAUCCAUCAAAAUGACGGAGGAAGUGCAAACACAGCAACAUACCCAGCAAUCUCAACAGCAACAGCAGCAGCAGCAAUCCCAAACCCAACCAAAGCAACGACUGGGCCCGAACGACUAUCGUAAUUCGGAAUUCGUUUCUAAACUGAUGGCUGCUAAUCCACCGUACAUGUUCACACCGGCCAUCGGGCCCCACAAUUUCUUCUUCAGCGAAAUGCUACGUUCUUUAGUUGCCAACAAAAGAAAUGAGAGCUUACGCAAUGCAGAGCAACUACAUCACCAACAACAGCAGCAGCAGCAAGCACAGGCACAAGCUCAGUCCCUGUCGCUUCCAGCACGGCGCCCUAGGAAAAGGUCUUGGUCCCAGCACCGUCUAUACCCAGAAUCUAUAAAAGAAAGCAAAGAUUCGGAAGAGAAAGCACCUGGACAUCCGGAGAAGCCACUCGAACUAACUAACAAACUGUCCGCAUUUUCCAGAAACAUUACCUCGAAGUACGAGGAGUCCAAUGAAAAUUUUAAACCAUCCCCUGAAGCGAAAUUACCAAAUGAAAAACCAACCAUGAACGCCAACCUUAUUCCAGACCCUCCAACAGCAUCGAUGCCACCCUCUGAUCUGAUCCUGCCUCCACCACCCCCCGUGUGGUAUCCGCCAUUGUAUCCUCCCUAUGGCAUCGAUCCUCUGCACUUUUUCAUCGAUCUCCGCGUUUCCGGCCAUAUCUACGAUCGGAAAAAGGAACUCACGUCGCCCAACUCGGAAAGCAUCAAAAGCGAACACUCCAAGCUCAUUGGUACCAACGAUCGACAGGGAUCCGCAUUUAGCGUGCCCAAGCCGCGUGACGGACCCAAGUCCACUACGGCAAUCAAUCUCUCUUCGCCACCUCUUCUGGCGGACGGUGAUGAAAAACCACCGAAAGAUCCGUCGCCGUUGUUCUUGAGCGAAUUCAAAGAGAACAAGUACGACAUCAUCAAGAAUACCAACUACGUGAUGCAAAACUUGCCGCGAAUUUACGGUGACUUGAAUACUUCCCCGAAGGCUGGCGACGAUGAUUUGAGUGGCAACAUGAGCGACGAUCAGCAGGACGGCCGAUCGGUGGGAUCCAACGAAGAUUGUUCCGGUGAAGAUGGCAAGUUUAGGGACUCUGACCUUAACGUGAUAUCCGACGAGGAUGAAUCCAUUGCAGUGGAUGAGAACUAGAUGUUGGGAUGUGACGUUCUUCUAAUCGAGAGAGAGAAAAUAAAUCUAUAGUUGUUGUUUUGUGUUAAAGUGAGCUUCGAAUAAAUU